AUGAUCAUCUGUUACCAAAUAUGGUCAGUUUGCUAUCUUCUAUAUACGGUCCGCUUCGUCAGUCUGACCACUUCUGCAUUUGUGAAUAAAUCCGUGGUGAAUUCAUUCACAAACCCUGCCACUAAUUCCGCACUUUUAUCUAUCUAUCUAUCUAUCUAUCUAUCUAUCUAUCUAUCUAUCUAUCUAUCUAUCUAUCUAUCUAUCUAUCUAUCUAUUUUAUUAACUAAAUUCCUGAUGACCUUUCUUAAUUUACCCUCCAGUAUAACUACUUCCACCAACACUUCCCACCAGCCGUGCCAUUUAGCGAAUACCCGACACAUCCACCUGGCUCUAGCUUUACCGAAUAAAUCCUUUUCUUUUCCCUUCUGUCUCUUUCUCUUGUUUCUGUCUUCCCGCCGACCUGAAGCAAUCCAUACGUUCAUCCAAGUCAAAUUCUAUCUAUCUAUCUAUCUAUCUAUCUAUCUAUCUAUCUAUCUAUCUGUUCAUAUGUGUCUAUUUAAGUCUAUUCUUAUCUAUCUAUCUAUCUAUCUAUCUAUCUAUCUAUCUAUCUAUCUAUCUAUCUAUCUAUCUAUCUAUCUAUCGUUAUAG